ACCAUCACCUUACUGAAACAUAACCAUUAAAGUAUUGUGUUCAACUUUAAUGAAAUUACAUUAAUUGUGAUCUUAUUUAUUUAAAUAAUUCUAAUAAUUAAUCAAUAGUAAUUUUCAUGAGUUUAAAAAAAAUAUGAUAAUUCAUAUAAGUGUCAGAAAACUGUCUAUUUAGCUUGAAAAGCUCUGAGUUGUGUUUGUGAGUGUCAAAUAAUACAUGAGUACCUGUCUAAUUUAGUAAACAGAAAAACUUUUAAUUCAACAUCAUGUUACGACGACAAGCAAGACUUAGAAGAGAAUAUCUCUACAGAAAAUCUGCUCAAGAUAAAUUAAAAAGUAUUCAAGAGAAAAAAGAACGAUUGAAGAAAUGUUUAGAAGAAAAUACUCAGAUACAUCCGGAUUUGAGGAAAACUGCAUUAUAUCUUCAAAGAAAAAUAAACUGGGAAGAUGCUGGUCCAGAAAUGGCACUGGCUACGUCUACAGAGAUGGGUGGAUCAACAGGAAACCAUGAGGAUGAUGAAUAUCGGUGGGCUGGAGUAGAAGAUCCAAAAAUUGUCAUUACAACUAGCAGAGAUCCAAGCUCUAGAUUAAAAAAAUUCGUUAAAGAAUUACGACUUAUUUUUCCUAACUCACAGAGGAUGAAUCGUGGUAAUUAUGAAAUGAAGCAGCUUAUUAACGCUUGUCGUGCUAAUGAAGUUACUGAUUUCAUAAUGGUUCAUGAGCAUAGAGGCAUUCCUGAUUCACUAAUUAUAUGUCAUUUACCUUAUGGUCCAACGGCAUAUUUUACAAUGACCGAUGUAGUCAUGAGGCAUGAUGUUCCAGAUAUAGGUACUAUGUCUGAACAAUAUCCACAUCUUAUUUUUCAUAAUUUUAAAACUAAACUUGGAUUACGAACAAUGAAUAUUUUAAAAUAUUUGUUCCCUGUUCCAAAAGAAAGCAGUAAAAGAGUUAUUACUUUUGCUAAUCAUGAUGACUAUAUAUCUUUUCGACAUCACAACUACAUAAAAGUUAACGGCAAAGACAUAGAAUUAACAGAGGUUGGUCCACGUUUCCAAAUGAAACUUUAUGAAAUAAAAUUAGGAACUUUGGAUACCAUUGAUGCAGCAGAUACUGAAUGGGCUUUGCGACCUUACAUGAAUACAACUCAUAAAAGAAGAUUUUUGUCAGAAGAAGAUGGAUGGGUUCAAGAGGAUAAUUUAUAGUGAUCAAGAUAAUAUGUCAUUUUUCAUAAGUUAAGAUUUUAAGGUUCAUUUAAUUACACGAACUAAAUUCUUAUUAACUCGAUCAUUUAUAAUAUAAUGUUCUUUUAUUAUUUAUAAUAAAUUAAGAAA